UCGUCACACAGGCUUGCACACGUAACAGCUUCUGACAUCCGUCGGUGGUAUGUGUUUCACUUGAGAAUAAAUUCACUAAAUGAUCAAAAAACGUUAUUCUUUUGAGUGAGUCUCUGUACAUAAUUAUGACAAAAAUGUGAAUUUUAAUUUGAAAUUAAGCCGGAAGCCAUGACAGUCAAUGUUUGCUAGCGCGCAUCAUUAGCUCCACAACAAAAUGUGUCGCUUUUACCUUCACAUUUUCAACAAUAACUUCUUUUAAGCGCUGGACUCCAAGUCUUCUUCAGUCGUUGUCGUUGAGGCAAGCGAUGAGUGGCGGAGGAAGGAGCCCACCUCCUGGGCCAUCAUGCCGAGGAAGGAGCCCACAUCCUGGGCCAUUAUGUCCACUGGUGCUCGCCAUCUUUCUGCUCCUUUCCACGGACUGCAUGGUCGAGAGCACCGCUGGACAUGACCCUUAUAAAAUCCUGGGUGUCAGCAGGAGUGCCAGUCAAGCUGAAAUCAAAAAGGCAUACAAGAACCUUGCUAAAGAAUGGCACCCAGAUAAAAAUAGAGACCCCGGCGCGGAGGACAUGUUCAUAGCGAUUUCAAAGUCAUAUGGGAUUUUGUCCAACGAGGAGCGACGGGCCAACUUUGACCGCUAUGGGCAGAUGGACGACAAGCAGCCAUUUGGCCAGGCUCAUCAUCAAGGCUUCCGGAGCUUCCAAAACGGCUUCUACUUUGAUGACUCUUUUUUCCAUUUCCCCAGGUCCAGAGACUUUGCAGACAGCAAGUACCUGCUUCACCACGCUCAGUUUAACAGCGAUGUCCUUCCAGACAGCCACAAGAAGCCCUACCUCAUCAAAGUCACCUCGGAGUGGUGUUUUGCCUGCAUCCACAUGGAGCCUGUGUGGAAAGAGAUUGUGCAGGACCUGGAGCCACUGGGUGUGGGCAUCGGCAUAGUGGACCUGGGUUAUGAGCGUCGUCUAGCCAACCAGCUGGGAGCUCACCGCGCUCCCUCAAUCAUCGGACUGCUGAACGGCAGAGUGACCUUUUUCCAUCAGGCAAUCGUUCCAGAUUACCUGCGACAUUUCAUUGAGGACCUCCUGCCAAAUAAACUGGUACAAAAGAUUACUGAUGACAACUACCUGCACUUUCUGGAUAGCUGGCAUGUCGACAAUAAACCCCGUGUUCUUUUGUUUGACCAAGUUGCCAACGUUCCUCUUGUAUACAAGUUAACAGCAUUUGCGUUCAGAGACUAUGUUACUUUUGGCUACGUGGAGCAAGGCGACACACACAACAUUCAGCUCUUGCAGCGGUUCAAUAUAAACUGGUACGCCCCCACCAUGCUGCUAUUUAAAGAAGAGACCCAUAAGCCAGUGGACAUCAUCCAGGCUCGAGGGAUGAAGAGGCAGAUCAUGGAGGAGUUUGUUUCCAACAACAAGUUCCUGCAGGUUCCUCGUCUGGUCAACCAGCAGCUGUUUGAUGAGCUGUGCCCUGUUAAGCAGUUCCACCGACGAAGGAAAUACUGUGUGCUGUUGAUCACCAGCGAGGACCAAGCCUUUCUCCCUGGAAACAAGGCCUUCCUGGACUUUGCCACGGCCAACAGAAAAGAAGUGCUGCGCUUUGCGUACGUCUACCAGAGUCAGCAGCAGCCCCUCUGCCAGGCUCUGCUUCCCAACCAGGCCCUACUCUCGCCCCAGGUGUUGAUUCUUGAGAGGCGGAGCCCGGCUGGCAAGGUGCUGUACCGCUCUGUGAUUGGUGGCUGGAACGGCAGUGAAGAGGACAAGUACCGCCUCCAUGAGCAUCUGGAGCUGGUUCAGAAGGACCCCACGUACCUGACCUCUGACACCACCCUGCCAGAGCUCAACAACGAGAUGGCCCCGGUUUUUCUCAUUCAGUGGAUAAACGCCGCCUAUGAUUACGUCCUUCAACUUUACGAUGACCUGCUCUACUCCAACUGGCGCGAGAUGAUGCCCAUCCUGUCCUUGAUCUUCUCAGCUCUCUUCAUUCUUUUCGGGACGGUCAUCAUCCAGGCCUUCAGUGAAGCGGGUGAGAGUGAACCACGCAAACAAGCGGCAAAGGAGCAAGCUGAAAGUGAGGAGGACGCAUCCAACAGAAGCAACUCCUCAGGCCGUGCUCCCAAGAAAGACUUUGUGGAGGUGACCGAGCUGACGGACCUCACCUACACCAGCAACCUGCUCAAGCUGAGGCCCGGCCACAUCAACGUGGUCCUGGUGCUGACCCACGCCUCAAAGAACACCUUGUUGCGCAAGUUUGCCAAGGAGGUCUUCUCUUUCUCGGGGACUCAGACCAUCCACUUCUCCUUCCUCAACGCGGACAAACACGGCCAGUGGAUGGCGAACCUCCUCCACGGGGCCUCGGACACGGCCAGCAGCGGCUGCCAUUCUGAGGAGGACGAGGAUUCCUGCGACUACACGGGCCACGUCUUGGCCCUCAACGGCUACAAGAAAUACUUUUGCCACUUCAGACCGGUCUUCACCGGAGACCAUCCCCCCUCAGACACCUCCCUCUCCGCCAGCAGGAGAAGGUCCAGGUCCAGGUCCAGGUCCAGCUCAGACUCUCGCUCCCGAUCUCAUUCCAGAGAAGAGUCCAAGAGAGGCCGGGCCACGAGCAUCGAGGUACACCACAAGUUAGACCGUCUGGGACUGUGGAUGGAGAGGCUGAUGGAGGGCACGCUGCCCAGGAGGCAGGUGUCCUCUUGGCCCCGCCUCCACAACACCACCCCUUAGUGCUCUGGCCACACCCAAACAUUCUCCACAUCCUCUUUUACAUACCUUCUUUACAAACGGCAACACGGCAGUAGAACGGCCGAUCAAACAAAACAGAAGUCGUGGUCACGGACAGACAAGCUAGCUCUCCAAUCCGCUAACCUGACUGAAUAACUCCAUGCUGAAUUGACCAAAGUCAAACAAUACAAAAAGAAUGUUAAAAAUACUAACACAGACACUUGUAAACCUGUUAGCAUAUUUGCUAAUGCUAACUACGAUAGCAUGUUUACAUUACCAUAGCACGUACAAAGCUGCAUGGCUAGGGAUGUAAAAAAAAAAUAAUAAUAAUUGAUUUUCGAACGAUUUGCGAUUCUCAUUUAAUUAAUUUUUAAAAAUCCAAAAUCGAUUAAAAAAAAAUCUGUCCUAUCCAGCCACUUUAUUUCAACCAAACCUCUUUUCUUUGAUUAUAGAGCUGGAAGAAUGUAGUUUGUCACACAACUGCCAGCUAAUGCUAUUUAAAAACUAUUGAUUUUAACUGGAGAAUCGUUGGGACUCGAGAAUAUAACGUGUUAGCAAAUGCUAACAAUGCUGGCGUCACUCUGUUAGCACGUGGAAACAGUCCUGCAGACAUCAGACUGAGACAGACACUCGUAAACGUGUUAGCAUAUGCUAGCAAUGCUAGCGUCAUUCUGUUAGACGUCAGACUAACAUAGGCACUCAUAAACGUGUUAGCAUAUGCUAGCAAUGCUAGCAUCAUUACAUGAUGUUAGCACGUGGAAACAGUCCUACAGACAUCAGACUAACAUAGACACUCGUAAACGUGUUAGCAUAUGUUAGCAAUGCUAGCGUCAUUCUGUUAGCACGUGGAAAAACUCCUACAGACGUCAGAAUAACACAGACACUCGUAAACGUGUUAGCAUAUGCUAGCAAUGCUAGCAUCAUUACAUGACCUUAGCACGUGGAAACAGUCCUACAGACGUCAGACUAACAUAGACACUUGUAAACGUGUUAGCAUAUGUUAGCAAUUCUAGCGUCAUUCUGUUAGCACGUGGAAACACAGACGUCAGACUAACAGAAACUUGUAAACGUGUUAGCAUAUGCUAGCAGUGCUAGCGUCAUUCUGUUAGCACGUGGAAACAGUUCCACAGACAUCAGACUAAGACAGACACUCGUAAAUGUUUUAGCAUAUGCUAGCAAUGCUAGUGUCAUUAUAUGACGUUAGCACAUGGAAACAGUCCUACAGACAUCAGACUAAGACAGACACUCGUAAACGUGUUAGCAUAUGCUAACAAUCCUAGCGUCAUUACAUGACAUUAGCACGUGGAAACAGUCCUACAGACGUCAGACUAAUACAGACACUCGUAAAAGUGUUAGCAUAUGCUAACAAUGCUAGCGUCAUUCUGUUAGCACAUGGAAACAGUCCUACAGACAUCAGACUAAGACAGACACUCGUAAAUGUGUUAGCAUAUGCUAACAAUGCUAGCGUCAUUCUGUUAGCACAUGGAAACAGUCCUACAGACAUCAGUCUAAGACAGACACUCGUAAAUGUGUUAGCAUAUGCUAACAAUGCUAGCGUCAUUCUGUUAGCACAUGGAAACAGUCCUACAGACAUCAGACUAAGACAGACACUCGUAAAUGUUUUAGCAUAUGCUAGCAAUGCUAGUGUCAUUAUAUGACGUUAGCACAUGGAAACAGUCCUACAGACAUCAGUCUAAGACAGACACUCGUAAACGUGUUAGCAUAUGCUAACAAUCCUAGCGUCAUUACAUGACGUUAGCACGUGGAAACAGUCCUACAGACGUCAGACUAAGACAGACACUCGUAAAAGUGUUAGCAUAUGCUAACAAUGCUAGCGUCAUUCUGUUAGCACAUGGAAACAGUCCUACAGACAUCAGAGUAAGACAGACACUCGUAAACGUGUUAGCAUAUGCUAACAAUGCUAGCGUCAUUCUGUUAGCACAUGGAAACAGUCCUACAGACAUCAGACUAAGACAGACACUCGUAAGCGUGUUAGCAUAUGCUAACAAUGCUUGCGUCAUUCUGUUAGCACGUGGAAACAGUCCUGCAGACAUCAGACUAAGACAGACACUCGUAAACGUGUUAGCAUAUGCUAACAAUGCUGGCGUCAUUACAUGACGUUAGCACGUGGAAACAGUCCUACAGACGUCACAGGUGGGACACUUUAGGUGGUAAGAACACAAACGUUGCUGGGAGUGAUGAAUGAAGACUCUUUUCCAGCGAAAACGCUAUGGACCGUUAUACUUCCAGUUCGAGGCACAAAAGAGGAAGUACAAUUUCAUCCAGUGAGCGAACUCGUCCAAAAGAUGGCGCCACGGCAAAGACAAUAACACCCAUUUUCCGUGUCUUUGUGUUAAAUGAAAACUAUUUAUUGAUUAUUAAUCCAUCAACAAAGUAGUGGCUUAUAGUUGGGGAAAAUACAAGUUGUACUUUGCUUGUUCAGAGCUGGUGAUCGCUUGAAUUGAGUCGUGUCCCACGCCGACUUUGCUGUGCUUUGCAUGAAGACAGGAAGUGAAGUGAGGACAAUGCAGGCCAUGGAGCUUCUGAAGUAUGGAAGUAGAAACACUGGCACUAGUCUUAGUCCCAGUCCGAGGAACUCUUUUACAUGGAGCUUCUAAAACAUGGAAGUAGAAACACUGGCACUAGUCUUAGUCCCAGUCCGAGGAACUCUUUUACAUGGAGCUUCUAAAACAUGGAAGUAGAAACACUGGCACUAGUCUUAGUCCCAGUCCGAGGAACUCUUUUACAUGGAGCUUCUAAAGCAGUGGUUCUCAACCUUUUUUCAGUGAUGUCAACAUUUUUUUUAAUUCAAGUACCCCCUAAUCAGAGCAAAGCAUUUUUGGUUGGAAAAAAGAGAUACAGAAGUAAAAUACAGCACUAUGUCAUCACUUUCUGAUUUAUAAAAUUGUAUAACAGUGCAAAAUAUUGCUCAUUUGUAGUGGUCUUUCCUCAACUAUUUGGAAAAAAAGAUAUACAAAUAUCUAAAAACUUGUUGAAAAAUAAACAAGUGAUUCAAUGGUAAAUGCAGAUUUCUACACAUAGAAGUAAUCAUCAACUUAAAGUGCCCUCUUUGGGGAUUGUAAUAGAGAUCCAUCUGGAUUCAUCAACUUAUUUAUAAACAUUUUUUCACAAAAAAAAAGACAUCUUUAACAUCAAUAUUUAUGGAACAUGUCCACAAAAAGUCUAGCUGUCAACACUGAAUAUUGCAUUGUUGCAUUUCUUUUCACAGUUACAUUCAUAUUUUCUUGAAGUAUUAUUCAAUAAAUAUAUUUAUAAAGGAUUUUUGAAUUGUUGCUAUUUUUAGAAUACAUAUUUUUCAAAUCUCACGUACCCCUUGGCAUACCUUCAAGUACCCCCAUUUGAGAACCACUGCUGUAAAGCAUGGAAGUAGAAACACUGUCACUAGUCUAAACUUGAACAAAACACUGGAAUGCUUUUACUGCGCUUAUUUAUUCAAGUGUGUGCAUAUUGUUUAUAUAUUUCUGCUCCUUUCAACAAUAAAUCUUGUUUUCUCUUGUCUAGGAA